CGAUCCAGGUUACUUCUGGUUUCAGCUCUUGUUGCCCACACGCGCCAGCACAUCAGUGCUCGCAGCAGCUUGAAAGCCUCGCUCAGACGUCGGGCUCUGUCAGUGAAACUCAGCUGCUGGGAAGCCACCGUUUAGUUUUUUACCGACCCACUUCUGACUCGUGUUCCUAUCAUGACGGCAGCACCGGGCUGCGCUGCUGACCACCUCUGAGAACAGCUGGACGGACAGUCGGGAGCUUAAACCCGGCAUCAAAGGGGAUCAUAAAGGCUUCUGUGUGGUGGGUGUCAUCGCUGGCUGACCUGGACUGUGGCUGUCUGACCCCCACGAGGAGGACUCGGCGGAUCCAGCAGAAGUGGACCAGCGGGUCCUGAUGUGGAGUUUGUUCCCCUCUGACCCUUGAACCACUAGCAGCCUUUCACUGAGGAAGAGAAGAGCAAAAAAAGAGAAAGAGAGGAGACAGAAAAGAGGAAGAGGAGUGAAGACGGCAACCGCCCUUCAGGAUGCCGGUGGAGACGCUGCGACCCUCAGAUGGCCGUCUGUCUGGAGUCCCCUUCACCUCAGCCAUGCCCUUUAGGAUCCUCAACAAAGGUCCGGACUACUUCCGGCGUCAGGCGGAGCCGGGAGCGCGUAAACUGAGCGCUGUGGAGCGUCUGGAGGCGGACAAGGCCAAGUAUGUGAAGAGCCAGCAGGUGGCCCUCACUCGCCAGGCCCCCAUCAAACCCCCAAUCAUCCGCAAGCCCCUCGUUCCACAGAGCAUGAUGCUCCAGGGCCACAUCAGCACUCCCCCGGCCCGGAAAGUGCCUCGCUGUCCGGUCAACUUGGAGAACAUUGGGGCCAGGAUGGGGCCCGGAGAGAGGAGACCCACCCUUAACUUGGAUAUUCUAAAUAACCUAAUCAGUGACGUUUGUGAUGCACCCCAGCCCUGUUCCCAGUCCUCGUCCUCCACCUCCCCCUCGUCAUCGUCUCCUUCAUCAGGAGCUCAGAGCAUCAGCAGCAGUCUGUCUGCAGAACAGAGACUCCUUAAUACCCUCAAACCGCUAAAUCACAAUUCCUCAUCCACCUCCUCAUGCACCUCCUCCCCCCUCGGUAACGACCUGCACCAGCAAGCGGCUGAGCUGACCCGGCGCCCACCCCCGGUCCCAGCGCGGACCUACCCCCGUGUUCUGGUGCCCUACAUCUCCUCCAACUCGGUGACGGUGCGCAGAGUGGACGUUCGGCCGCUUGCCGAGAUGAAGAAGCCCCCGAGGGUCCAUCUGCACUCCAGACUUCGGCCCAGACAGACCCCCCAGGGCCAAGUGCCACGUCCUCUGUUCCAACCCCCGCCUCCUCCAUCGCAAAAUCAACCUCAUCCUCAGGUCAGCACUGCCUCCCAGGCCCUUCCUUCCCCCCCAGCUUACCUGCCUCCUAGUCCCAUGCUGGUUCGAGCAGUCAUGGCCCCCCCAGCCUCACCUGCUUUCACCCGCACAUCAAACGCCAGCUCCCGAGCCUCGUCCCGCAAGCACCCCUCGCUGCACCGCUCCAAGUCAGACCUGAGUGAUCGUUACUCUCGCGCCACGGCCGACCUGGAGCGCUUCUUCAACUACUGCGGGCUGGCCCCCGAGGAGGUGGAGGACAUGGGCGGGGUGGAGCGCUUCACCAGGGCCAACUCGGACAUCGUGUCCGUCUCCAAGCUCCGCAGCGUCAGCACGCCCAGCUCCGAAUGCGGGGAAGACGCAGAGCGCAUGAGGGAAGAGGAAGAUGAGGAGGACGGGCCCCCCAGGGCCUCUGAGCGAGUCCCGUACGGGAUUUCCAUCAUCGAGAGGAACGCUCGCGUCAUCAAGUGGUUGUAUGGAAUCCGGCAAGCCAGAGACGCCAACAACGCCGUCUCAGAUGUGUAGACUAUCAAGAACUCAAUGAACCAUGAAUGGGGAGGGGGUCUGCCUUACAGCACGGAUAAUCUCUUUCUGUUUCUGAUGUCCUGAAACAAGAACAUUUAAAGCAAUAAUAAACGUGUGUAAAGUAUGCAAGGAGAUGCAUUAAGGUACCGCGUGUGUAUGUGUGACUGUGCCAGUGUGAAGCAGGACAAGAGCCACCGUAAAAACUGUGAACCUUUUUCAUCCAAAAGGCAAAGAAGGAAAAGAAAAAAAAACUUUUUUGCCGUUGAAUUUUGUAAAUCCAGAGUGUUUGUGGGCUUGCUCCUGCAGCGUUUCCCCUUUAGGACCACGCAGAUCACAAGCACAAGACGUGGAGUCAUGUCUGCGUCUGCAACCCAAACACUCUGAGUUUACAACGAAAAAGCAGGUCACAAAUGAAGAAAGAAAAAAAGGUUGUUGCUCUGAAAGCGUCUCAGGAAAGAUCGAGUUCCAAACAGACCAGUAUUUAUAAAAAAAACAGAAGAAAAGUUAUUGUAUUUUGAUAUCGAUGUACAGAAUCUAGUUUGUAAACACUCGCACGGACAGAAGAACGGAACGUAAGAGGCGUUUUUACUCAACUGAAGUCUGCAGGAGCGUCACGUUCUCCUCAUCUUCUCAUGAGUCGCACCAGAGGGUUGAGAACUCCUCAGUGCCGUUCAAUCAGGCGCUGCAUGUCCAAAGAGUCUACAGAUGAGAGAUGCUUCACCACCGUGUAUCCUAAAACAUGAAUAAAAAUGUUUGACUAUG